AUGAACUGCUUGAACCACUUGAACCGCCUGAGCUUUGUGACCGGAGCCGUCGAGGUGGUAAGUGUAGUUGUUGUCGAUACCGGUGUCGUCGAUGAAGCCGUCGUGACAGCCGCAGCAGUAGUUGCCGAAGCAGAUGUAGACGGGGCGGUCGAUGUCGUUGACGAGGAUACUAUAGAAAUCGAAGUCAGCAAACCUGAAGCAGUUGUGGAAAUCGACAAUACACUGGAAACAGAUGUGCCAAGGGUAGUUGUGAAAGAAGGAGUGGCAGUACUAAUUUGUCCUGUCGAGCUCGUCGUAGAGGUCCCUGACGCCGUCGAACUAACGGUGGUGGAGCUGGUGGCACUACUGGUCGAUGAAGUGGUCGAGCCCGUCGCAGUCGAUGUGUUGGCGCCGGUAGUGGUUGAGCCAGUCGCGCUCGCACUAGCAGAGCUUGAGGAGCUGCUGGCCGUCGAACUUGUUGCAGUCGUCGACGUGGUAGCACUGGUGGCGGUUGACGCAGUCGAGACUGUACUAGCCGGGCUUGUGGUAGUGCUGGCUGUCGAGCCUGUUGCAGUCGUCGAUGUGGUAACGCUGGUGCUGGUGGUAGUUGACGCAGUCGAACUCGCACUGGCAGAGCUUGAGGCGCUGCUGGCCGUCGAACUCCUCACAGUCGACGUGGUGAUGCUAGUGGUAGUUGACGCAGUCGAGACUGAACCGGCAGAGCUUGACGCACUGCUGGUCGUCGAACCCGUCACACUCGUUGUUGUGACGCUAGUUGCAGUUGACGCAGUCGAGACUGCACUGGCAGAGCUUGAGGUAGGUGGCCCAGAGCUAGCAAUCGAAGUUGUAGUGCCAACCGCACUGGACGUUGUGGACGAGCUCGAACUGACCGUAUUGGUCGUGGCGAAGCCUGUGGCGCUGAUCGAGCUUGACGAUGAUGUGACCGAAGUGCCAGGUGCCGUGGGAUUCGAGGUUGCAGCGGUGGAAGAUGAUGAACCCAAAGUCGACGAGCUUGACGAUGUAGUAGGGCCAGAUAACGACGAAAGAACGCUGCUUGACACAGACGGCCCUAAGCCAGUUGUUGUCGAGGAUGUCCCAGCGUUGCUUGUGAUACCACCCGCCGUGGAGGACCCUCCCACAGGGCUUGUUGAUGCCGAGGAUACCGAAGAGACUGGCGGUGCUGAUGAGGCGUCUGUGCUAGCACCCGUUGACACUGCCAUGUUCGAGGUUGUGGAGACUGACGCCGCCGAUGAAGCAGCUGUACUGGAGGUCAUGGAUGCUGCUUUACUCGUGGUGGAUGAGCCUGAAGGCACAGAUGAAGCAAUUGUACCUGCACCCGUUGACACUACUAGGCUCGAGGUCGUAGCAGAGGCUGAUGUUGUACCGCCAGAGAGACUGCUCUGCACCGUAGCACUGGCGGUGCUCAUGCUCGAAGCUGCACUUGAAGAAACGAUGGUCGUAGGUGUUGCCGUCGAAGAAGUAGACACCGAAGUACCAAGAUCUGACGAAGUAAUGCCAGGCGCCGUGGUGCUGACACCAGUAGCAGGUGAAGUUCCAGUCGAUCCAAGCGAGGUCGAAGAGAAGCCCACACUGGACACGGAGUCUGUAGUCGACGAGGCCGCGGUCGCACCACCAGUUGCGCUGCUCGACGUCUCCAAGGUUGAGGAAGGACCAGAAGAAAGCAAAGAAGGACUAGAAGAACUUGUGGAAACCACAAGCUGA